AUGUAUCUCCACCAGUACGAUUACAUCUUCGCCAUCGGCACCUUGUUUGCCAUGCUUGAUGCAUACAACAACGGUGCAAACGAUGUUGCCAACUCCUGGGCUACUAGUGUUUCCUCUCGCUCCAUCUCCUAUCGCCAGGCUAUGGUUCUGGGUACUGUCUUCGAGUUCCUUGGAGCAGUCACUGUCGGUGCUCGUACCGCCGAUACUAUCAAGAAUGGCAUCAUUCCCAACAGCGCCUUCAAGGAUAACGCCGGUGUUCAGAUGCUCGCUUUCACCUGUGCCCUUGCCGCUGCCUCCUCCUGGGUCAUGUGGUGCACAAAGCACUCCGCCCACGUCUCCUCCACCUACUCCCUUAUCUCUGCCGUCGCUGGCGUCGGUGUUGCUACUGUUGGUGCUUCUCAGGUCCAGUGGGGCUGGAACGAUGGAAAGGGUCUUGGAGCUAUCUUCGCAGGUCUGGGCAUGGCUCCUGUCAUCUCCGCUGCAUUUGGUGCUAUCAUUUUCAUGCUCAUCAAGGUUCUUGUGCACAUGCGCAGAAACCCUAUCCCCUGGGCUGUCUGGAGUGCUCCCUUCUUCUUCCUUGUCGCUGCUACCAUUUGCACUUUGUCCAUUGUCUACAAGGGCUCGCCCAACCUGGGUCUGAGCAAGAAGCCUGCCUCUUACAUCGUCGCUGUCACCAUGGGUACUGGUGGUGGUGUCUGCCUUUUGUCCGCCCUCUUCUUCGUCCCUUGGUUGCACUCCCGUGUCAUCAAGAGAGAUGCCUCCAUCAAGUGGUACCACGUCGUUCUCGGUCCCCUCCUUUUCAACCGUGCCGUCCCCACCGAAGGCGAGUCCGCCAAGGUACCCAACUACGCCGUCAUGCAAGAUGAGCCCGAAGACGAGAGCCACAUCCACGUUGACGAGAAGGAAGUCAAGACCGGAGUUGCCUCUAUCCCCGGCUCCACCGACGGCCGGUCCGUCGAGAAGCUCGAGGCCAACCAGCUCUCUUACCGCGAGCUCAUGUCCCAGUCCGAAGCCCGCCACAACGCCAAGCUCCUCCAAAGCCGCGGCCCUCUGGGCUGGGCCAUGCGUCUCCUGCGCGACAACCCUAUGGGCGCCGGUGAGAUUUACGAGCUCCGCAACAUGAAACGCAUGCUCAAGCGCCUUCCUGCCAUUAUCACUGUUGGUCUCCUGUACGGUUUCCACUACGACAUUCACUCUGCCCAGAGUGGUAUCCACGGUACUCCCGAGGGUGAGCGCAUGAAGCGCGUCUACGCCGCUGCCGAGAAGUACCCCAACGAGGUCGAGCAUACCUACUCUUUCAUUCAGAUCAUCACUGCUUGCACUGCUUCUUUCGCUCACGGUGCCAACGACAUUGGUAACUCUGUCGGUCCCUGGGCUGCUAUCUACUCUGCCUGGUCCACUGGUACACCCGCUGCCUCCAAGUCUCCCGUGCCUGUGUGGCAACUCGCCGUCCUGGCCAUUUGCAUUUCCAUCGGUCUCUGCACAUACGGUUACAACAUCAUGAAGGUCAUGGGUAACAAGAUUACAUACCACUCACCUUCCCGUGGAUCCUCCAUGGAGAUGGGCGCUGCCAUUACCGUCUUGGUCUUCUCCCAAUACUCUCUGCCCGUCUCCACCUCGAUGUGCAUUACUGGUGCCACCGUCGGUGUCGGUCUGUGCAAUGGAUCUCUCAAGGCUGUCAACUUCCAACGUGUUGGUCUUUUGUUGCUUGCUUGGAUCAUGACUAUUCCCAUCGCUGGCACCAUUGGUGGUUGUCUCAUGGGUCUGGUUCUCAACGCGCCCCAUUUCGGUGCUUGA